AGAAAUAGAGAGGUUGACCGUUGAUGAAGACCUCGGUGAUAUUGACAGGGCUGUUUUUCUGCUCAGUGCUGGUCAAGAUGUCCAAGGAACAAGUGUGAUUGCAAAUCUUCCAUUUUUGAUGCGACAGAAUCCUACUGAGACACUUCGGAGAGUCUUACCAAAAGUCAGAGAAGUGCUGCAUGGUGCAAGCAUGGAAAUGCAGUUAACGGCUGCAGUGUCAUUUCUGACCAUUCUGCAGGAAGACUCAAUGUCGGUCCACACCUAUGCCCACUCCUUCCUGCACGUCAUCCUCCUGCACCUGGAGCACAGGGACACAGGUGUCAGCAAUGCAUGGCUGGAAACUCUUCUGUCUGCAAUAGAAGUAUUGCCAAAAGAUGUACUGAGGCACGAGAUUUUGAAUCCACUUGUUUCCAAGGCGCAACUUUCCCAAACUGUCCAGUCUCGUUUAGUUAGCUGUAAAAUUUUAGGAAAAUUAACCAACAAAUUUGAUGCCCAUAGCAUUAAAAGAGAACUACUUCCCCUGGUAAAAUCCCUUUGUCAAGAUGUGGAAUAUGAAGUUCGAUCUUGUAUGUGUCGGCAGCUAGAAAAUAUAGCUCAAGGCAUUGGGACAGAACUUACAAAAAGUGUGGUGCUCCCUGAACUUCUAGAACUCUCUCGGGACGAGAGCAGCAGUGUGCGGCUUGCAGCAUUUGAAACCUUGGUUAAUAUGCUUGACAUAUUUGAUACAGAUGACAGAAGUCAAACUAUCCUUCCCUUAGUGAAAACAUUUUGUGAAAAAUCCUUCAAAGCAGAUGAAUCAAUUCUUAUUUCUUUAUCUUUCCAUUUAGGAAAAUUAUGCCAUGGACUAUAUGUAUCUAAACUUCUGAAUUCUGGAGUCUAUUUAAUACACAAAGAACUGAUAACAUUAUUACAAGAUGAAUCACUGGAGGUACUAGAUGCUCUUAUAAAUCAUCUUCCAGAAAUCUUGGAACUUAUGACCACUGGUGGAGAAAGCAGUGUUCAAGAAAAUAAGUUGUCCUCUCUGCCUGACUUGAUCCCGGCUCUCACGGCCGCUGAGCAGCGAGCUGCAGCCUCUCUCAAGUGGAGGACCCACGAGAAGCUGCUGCAGAAAUAUGCCUGUCUGCCUCACAUCAUAUCCAGCGAUCAGAUUUAUUACCGUUUCUUACAAAGAAUGUUCACCAUCGUGAUGACAAAUAAUGUCUUACCUGUCCAAAGAGCAGCAUCACGAACUCUGUGCAUUUUUCUGCGAUAUAAUCGUAAACAAGAGCAGAGGCAUGAGGUCAUUCAGAAGUUAAUUGAACAACUGGGCCAAGGGAAAAGUUAUUGGAAUAGACUUCGAUUUUUGGAUACCUGUGAAUUUAUCAUAGAGAUCUUUUCCAAAUCAUUUUUCUGCAAAUAUUUCUUUGUACCUGCUAUUGAGCUGAGCCACGAUCCAGUAGCAAAUGUGAGAAUGAAACUGUGCUACCUGUUGCCCAAAGUGAAAUCAGCUCUGAAGAUUCCUGCAGAUAUGCAUCUCCUUCAGCAGCUAGAGAUGUGUGUGAGGAAACUCCUGUGUCAAGAGAAAGAUAAAGAUGUUCUGGCUAUUGUGAAAAAAACUGUAUUAGAGUUAGACAGAAUGGAAAUGUCCAUGGAUGCGUUUCAGAAAAAAAUUUAUGAACAAGAUUUAUUGGAUCAAGAGAAAGAGAGAGAAGAGCUGCUUUUCUUGGAAAUGGAGCACUUGGAGAAGGAGAAGCAUCAGAAUGACGGGAGGCCUUCCAGUGAUAAAAUGUUUGAUAAGAAACGCAGGGAUUCUAAGACACCAACACAGAGCUUACCCAAGAACAUCUCCAUUUCUGUUCCUGGACCCUCUUCUAGCACCCCAUCAACAAGCAAAGAAAUCAAGAAAUCCAAAUUGAUUCGAAGCCAGUCUUUCAAUAAUCAAGGUUUUCAUGCAAAAUAUGGCAACUUAGACAAGUGUGCUAGUAAAAGCUCCCUACCAGGACACACACCUGUCUCAGGGCUGCUGAGGACUGCUGUGCUCUCACUUACAGAUGACUCUUUCUGGACUCGCAAUGCCAGUAGUAACAGUGUGCCCGGUUCCUUUUCUCCUAACCCUCCCUUACCGAGUACCUCCCGUGGGACAGGCACCACAGCGGAUUCAAAGGGUAGUGGAAGUAAAGACGCACAGCCUCGGAAGGCUACCUUAAAAUCUAGAAAAUCCAACCCCUAAGGCACCUGCGUGGUGAAGGAGCACAGACAGCUGGAGCAUCGUGACGGAUGGCAGAGCUAAAGCCAGGGCUAGGGCUGUUAUAAAGUUCCUUUUUUAUGAAUGGGAAAGAAACAUAAUGGCAGCUGAUGUUAAACUUAGCGUAUUUAGAAUUAGAUUCCAUAGGAGGAAUGUUUCAUUACACAAUGUGGGUUCAGAAUUCCAGUGUCACAGUGUCACAAUGCAGUGUAGUGAAACCUGGUUUCAGGUGUUUACUGCUGCAAGAGAGUCAAGCCUGCCUUUGUGUAGGAAACCGGCUGUUGAAUUAUUCUAGAGUUUUAGCAUUUAGGAAUUCUGUAACAGUCUAAAUUAGCUGGCUGGCCCUUGGGUAGUUACUUGGGCAACGACAGGGAAGGGAAGGACGUCACUGCAUUUUCUUAUAGCUCUCGAAGCCCAGCAGUGUUCAGUGGGUCCUGUGACUCUGGUGACAGUAUGCAGGACUGGACAUUCCCCAGUUUAGAUUUGGCAAUGAAAAUCCUGCAGAUUCCUAGUAAAUCUGAGCUACAGAUACCUUAAAAAUAAUACAUUGAUGAUUUCCUUAAUUUCCUAGAAUUUCUUUUAUAAAUACUUUGUUUAUAUUUUAGGUUGCAUAAAAUGUCUGUCCUUACUUAAUUUCAAAUGAUGAAUCUGGUCUGAAUCAGCUGUUGUUCCAAGCUAUCAUGCUUAAGCUCUGUCAGCAGCAUUUAUUUGUAUUAAUGCUAACACUUCCAUCAAAAUUUGCCUGUGGAACAUAUAUAGUCCUUAAUUCAACAAAUGUCAAUUCCCGAGAUAGACUGUAUGAAGCUUUUGUCAGCUUCUCUAUUCCAAAAUGCAGUCAGCAUAUAAAUACAUUGAUAUUAGAAAACAUUUGUUUUUAAAAAAAUAUAUUGAUGUAUGAUAAAGAUGAUCUAAUUUGUGAAUGCAUAUGUGUGUGGUUACUUUUUAUAAUGUGAAAUGGAUAAUGAAUGUACUUAAAAUAAAACAUAGGUAUAAUGGGAUACCUGCACUUGUGAAGAAAGUUUUAAAUACUUUCCUACAGUCCUUGUUCCAUAGAAGACAGUUCAUUUUAAAUAAUGAAUAUUGUCAACUGUAAAUGACUCGGGGCAAUUGCUUAAUGAGAGGCUUUUUUGUGCCUUUGACUUCCCUUUCCUUUCUCGUGGCCUCAUUUGGGCAGUGUUCAGAGAUUCGUAACACCCUUCAUCAAGGACAGUCAGAUCUGAAGUGAAAAUCCAGAAGCCACAAGGAAUUUGACAGUCCCGCUUCAAGAAACUCAGUUAACAAGUUUAUGUCUCCUACUAGCACCGGUAGUGAGGAACUGAGUCUGCUGCAGUCUGGAGAGCUCCUGGUGCGACGUGGGACAUCAGAGUUGCAUCUGUCCUCAGCACUUUGACUCACAGUCGACACUGACACUGUUACUUUAAAUAAAAUAGUUUCAAUUUAAUUGUUAAAUAAUGAACUUAGUAGUUAUGAUCUUUUUAUAUUUCCAUUAUGUAUGUGGGAAAGGAAGAUAGGAUUUGACAGAGAAAACUCAAGUUUGAGAAUAUAGAGAAGCCAUUUGCCUAGGCAUUAAAUUCUCAAUUAAAACAGUUAACCAAAA